UUCUAGCGGCUGCCAGGAGGAUCCCGGCGGGUGUUACCGAAGGCCAAGUGGUUCAUGGCAGGUGUCAAGGGUGGGCCGGUCCCGGGGCAGCGUCUCUGCUCCUGCAACUCCGCCGGCCUCCGCGGCCUCGGAGCUACUCGGCGCCACUAGGCGCUACUUGGACGUGGAGGCCCAAGGCUAGUGAGCUGCCAUGGACUUCUCCAAGUUCCUGGCCGAGGACUUCGACGUGAAGGACUGGAUCAACGCGGCCUUCAGGGCCGGGCCCAAGGAGGCGGCGGCGGGGAAGGCGGACAGCCACGCGGCCACCCUGGUCAUGAAGCUGCAGCUCUUCAUCCAAGAAGUGAACCACGCCGUGGAGGAGACUAGUCACCAGGCUCUGCAGAACAUGCCCAAAGUGCUUCGGGACGUCGAAGCCCUGAAGCAGGAGGCGUCUUUCUUGAAGGAACAGAUGAUUCUGGUCAAGGAAGACAUCAGGAAGUUUGAGCAGAAUACAUCACAAUCAAUGCAGGUACUGGUGGAAAUCGACCAGGUCAAGACCCGAAUGCAGCUCGCAGCUGAGUCCCUGCAGGAAGCCGAUAAGUGGAGCACACUGAGUGCAGACAUUGAGGAAACUUUUAAGACACAGGACAUAGCUGUCAUCUCCGCCAAGCUCAUCGGGAUGCAGAACAGCCUAGCCAUGCUCGUGGACACACCCGACUACUCGGAGAAGUGUGUGCACUUGGAGGCGCUGAAGAACAGGCUGGAGGCUUUUGCCAGCCCCCAGAUCAUUGCCGCAUUCUCUGGCCAGUCUGUGGAACAGGCCAAAAUGUUGGUAAAGAUUUUCACUGAAGUUGACCGGAUGCCCCAACUUCUUGCCUACUACUACAAGGGCCACAAGGUGGAGUUGCUGGCAGCCUGGCAGGAGCUAUGUCAGAGCGACCUCCCCCUGGACCGGCAGAUGACUGGACUCUAUGAUGCCCUGCUAGAAGCGUGGCACACACAGACUCAGUGGGCCAUGCAGGUUUUCAAGAACCCCUAUGAGGUGGUAACAGUGCUGCUGACCCAGACACUGGGGGCCCUGGUGCCAUCUCUGCCCAAGUGCCUGCGCGAGUGUGUGGAGCAGGCUGGGCCGGAGCAGGAGCUGAGCCGCCUAUUGGAGCUGUACGAUGCCACCGCACACUUCGCCAAGAGCCUGGAGGCAGCGUUGCUGGCUGGGCCCCACGAGUACAACCUGGUGAAAGUCACAGAGCUGGUAGACACUGUGUAUGGCCCUUACAAGCCUUUCCAGCUGCAGUACGGAGACCUGGAAGAGAAGAACCUCCUGGUUCAGAUGAGUGCGGUGCCUUUGGAGCACGGGGAGGUCAUGGACUGCGUGCAGGAACUUAGCCAGUCCGUGAACAAGCUCUUUGGGCUGGCAUCUGGUGCUGUGGACCGCUGCAUGCGCUUCACCCAUGGCCUGGGCACCUGUGGCCUGCUCACGGCCCUCAAGGCCCUCUUUGCCAAGUAUGUGUCAGACUUCAGCAGCGCCCUCCAGUCAGUACGGAAGAAGUGCAAGCUGGAUGACAUCCCCGCCAACGCCCUCUUCCAGGAGGACUGGACCAUCUUUCAGAGCUCUGUUAGGAUUCUGGCCACUUGUGGGGAGCUUCUGAGGCAGUGUGGGGUGUUGGAGCAGCAGCUUGCAAACAGGAUCCUGUCUGUGGCAGGCAAGUACCUCAGUGACUCCUACUGCCCUCGGAGCCUCACGGUCCUGCAGGACAGCUUGCUGACGGACAAGAGGAGUUCUGCCAAGAACCCAUGGCAGGAGUAUAAUUAUCUCCAGAAGGAGAGCCCAGCUGAGUAUGCCAGCCUAAUGGAGAUUCUUUACAUGCUCAAGGAAAAAGGGUCAAGCAACCACAAUCUGCUGUCCACAUCCCGGGUAGCCCUGACAUGCCUUAACCAGCAGGCUCACCAGCUGGCCUUUGACUCGGUUUUUCUGCGCAUCAAACAGCAGCUGUUACUGGUCUGCAGAAUGGAUAGCUGGAACACGGCAGGUAUUGGGGAGACGCUGACUGAGGACCUGCCCACCUUCAGCCUCACGCCACUCGAGUACAUCAGCAAUAUCGGCCAGUACAUCAUGUCCCUCCCGCUUAAUCUCGAGCCUUUCGUGACUCAGGAAGACUCGGCCCUGGAGUUGGCCCUGCAUGCUGGGAAGCUGCCCUUUCCUCCUGAACAAGGAGACGAGCUACCUGAGCUGGACAACAUGGCUGACCACUGGCUGGGCUCGAUCGCCAGGGCCACCAUGCAGACCUACUGCGAUGUCAUUCUCCAAAUCCCCCAGCUGACCCCGCACUCCACCAAGCAGCUGGCCACUGACAUCGACUACCUGAUCAAUGUGAUGGAUGCCCUGGGCCUGCAGCCGUCCCGAACACUGCAAAACCUUGCCACACUCCUUAAGGCCAAGCCAGAGGGUUUCCUUCAGGCUAGUAAGGGCCUGCCACGCCGCCUCGUGUCCACUGUGGCAGCCAUGCGUGGCAUGGACCACUGACCAGCCUGGCCGCACAUGUGGAACUUGACAGAUGGCACCCAAGGGACUUGCCUCAUCAGUGAAGCAGCUAUAAAUCACAGGAUUUGUUUAUUGGCAGAGGAUUUCCAGAUGAUUUGGUGGGGUUUUUUUCCCCUCAUUUUUUAAUGACAUUAUAAGUAAACACAAAUGAAACAA